AUGUCUGGAGAAUUACGAGGUGUACUUGAUUUACACGGUAAAAAUGCCGUCAUUACUGGUGCUAGUAGUGGUAUUGGUAGAGAGAUAGCAUUAACACUAGCUAAACAAGGUUGUAAUGUGGCUUUGUUAGCUCGAUCUCAUAAUGCUCUUGAAACUUUAGCCAUGGAAUGUUUAAAACAUGGUGUUAACGCACAUGUUAUUAUUUGUGAUAUGUCAGUGAAACAAUCGGUUGAAGAUGCAUAUAAACAAAUUGGUGAUGUUUUUCAAAAUAAAUUAGAUAUUCUUAUAAAUAAUGCUGGUGUAUGUGGUGAACGUGUUUCUUCAGUUCAAGAAAAAACACCAUCAGGAAAAGAUGUCGUAGAUAUGUGGGAAGAAGUUAUGACAAUAAAUUUAUUAAGUUUAAUGCGAAUGACAGGUAGAUGUUUACCAAUGAUGAAAGAAUGUAAACAUGGUGCAAUUAUUACUAUAUCAUCUCUAGCAGCAACGUUUACUGGCGGUAGCAUGCCUCAAUAUUAUGCUAGUAAAUGGGGUGUUAAUGGAUUUCUCGAUGUUCGUGAAUAUGGUAUCAAAGUUUGUUCAAUUAUGCCGGGCUAUGUCAACACUCCAAUGAUUAAAGAUGAAAGUCAUAAAUUAAAUCUUAAUAAAUGUGUUCAAUCAGAAGACAUUGCUGAAGGUGUUCUCUAUGUUUUGCGUACACCUUAUAAUGUAUGUCCAACGGAAAUUAAAUAUCGACCACAAUAUUCACCGUAUUUAAAAUAA